AGUCACGUGACAUCACCAGAUAUUCUUGAAGAUGAAUGCAAAGUUGGAAAUGAGAUUAUUAUUUAUAAUGCUUCAAAUUUGGGAGCAGCUGGAAAAAUAAUAGCGACGCUAAGUCCUCCUUAUCAGAUGAACAAAAAUUGUAAAAUAAUUAUAAAUCCACCAGUUGGCUUUGGAGUUGUAGUUAGCAUACAAAAAAUUGAUUUUAGGCAGCCGUCUUUCUAUUGUUUGGAUUAUUUAAAAAUCUAUCACUCUGAUACUUUCUUUUCUCCAACAACUUUAUGUCGAUUCAAAUUUGAUCUCAAAGAAAAUUUAAGUUAUUAUUCAAAAGGAAGAAUGGAAAUGAUUUAUCAUGUUCAAUCUAAAUUGAGUGAUGGAUUAAACAUUGAAGAAGGAUUUUCACUCACAUUUACCAUUGUAUCUGAAGAUAUACAAGAUUGUCUGAAAACAUCUAUGUAUAUGUGUGAUAACGGAAGAUGUAUUCCCAAAAAUUUAACAUGUGAUAUGAAAAAUAACUGCGGAGAUAACAGUGAUGAAACUUAUCUUUUAUGUGAUUCAUCUGGUCAUAAUUUGAUACAAAUAUCAGACGUCAUGUACGGUGUGGUGGUCUGCCUCUUUGUUUUUAUCAUGUUCUCAUCCUGGGCAGUGAUAGUUUCCCGAAAACGAAGACGCCAUCAUGACACUGACUCUACUUCAGAUUCUGAUGAACCAACAACUAGAAUUACGCCUUACCAAUCUGUUCAUCCUCAGGGAUUUUUUAUCUGUCAAAAUCCAGCUGGACCAAGAACUCCUUAUUUUCAACAUUCAAAAAUUAUACACUCUGAGGGAGGCUUUACAAAUCCUUGCUAUCCUACUGGAGUACCUCAGGCACCUCCUCCCUACAGCCAAUGAUUUUUUUUUUCCUUCAUCAUCAAAUAUGAACUGCUUGUGGACUUUUCAUUCAAGCUUUAUAUCCAAAAUUUUUAAAGAAUUCCAAAUGUUUUUGUAAUAGCAACAGUUGUUGAAUGCAUUUUCGUAAAAAAAAAAUAAUAAUAAAUAAAAAUAAAAUAGUAAAA